AUGGAGGGUAGGUUUGCUGAAGAACUCUACGCUGAAAGUUUAGAAUUGUCAAAAUUAGAACUCUCAUCCACCAUUGUUGUUGAUGAAGAAGAUAAGUUAAACGAUUGUGAUGGUGGUGAUUUGAGUUUGUGGGAUGAUUCUGAUGACAAGUUGGAUAGUUCGUUGGAUUUGGAUAGGGAGUGGCAGAGGAGGCAUGACCAAUUCCAUACGAUUGGGUACCGGGAUGGUCUUAUAGCGGGGAAGGAGGCUUCUGCUCAAGAGGGGUUCAAUAUCGGUUUUAAGCAAUCGGUUUUUGAUGGUUACAGUUGGGGUGUUGUAAGAGGUGUUACCAGUGCUUUUUCUCAUCUUCCACACCAAUUAAAAGAGAGGUUGAUUGAAACACAAGAAAAGAGGAAUGAAUUCCAAGGGCUCUAUGAAUCUGUGCAUUCUUUGUCAACAACAGAUGCCCUUGGAUUGUUUAGUGAAGAAAUCAAAGCACAGGAAGCUCUGGAACAGAGUGAACACUCAGAAGUUAGCCAUCACACAGAAGGUUUGCAAGAGCAGCCUUCCCAUGGUUCUCAACUGAGAAAUUAUCGUGGACAACUUGAAUCUCUGAUUCGUGAUUCUCCUGCCAUUGUUAUUCAUUUACCUGAAUCAAAAUAA